AUGGAGUUUGUGCGGGCGCUGUGGCUCGGCCUGGCGCUGGCCCUGGGGAUGAAGCCAGCUCGCGGCCACCCGCACCCGUGCGGCGUUCUGGCGCGCGUCGGGGGCUCCGUGCGUCUGGGGGCCCUCCUGCCCCGCGCGCCCCCUGCCCGCGCCCUCGCCCGCGCUGCCCUCAUGCGAGCCGCCCUGGUGCCGCGGCUGCCCUACAACCUCAGCCUGGAGCUGGCGGUCGCCGCGCCCCCCGCCCGCGACCCCGCCUCGCUGGCCCGCGGCCUGUGCCGGGCGCUGGCGGCGCCGGGCGUGGCGGCCCUGCUCGCCUUCCCGGAGGCGCGGCCCGAGCUCCUGCAGCUCCACUUUCUGGCGGCCGCCACCGAGACCCCCGUGCUCAGCCUGCUGCGGCGCGAGGCACGUGCGCCCCUCGGCGCCCCGACACCGUUCCACCUGCAGCUGGACUGGGCCAGCCCCCUGGAGACACUACUGGAUGUUCUGGUGUCCGUGCUGCAGGCACACACCUGGGAAGACGUGGGCCUGGCACUCUGCCGCGUCCGUGACCCCAGCACCCUGGUGGCCCUCUGGACAAGUCGGGCUGGUCGCGCCCCCAGGCUUGUGCUAGACCUGAGCCAGCCAGACAUUGGGGAUGCAGGGCUGGGGGUGCGCCUGGCCACCCUGAGGACACCCGUGGGAGGGGACACACCAGUAUCCACGGUCGUCCUACUGGGUUGUGAUGCUGCCCAUGCUGGCCAGGUGCUGGAGGCUGCACCACCUGGCCCCCACUGGCUUCUGGGCACGCCGCUGUCCCCAGAGGCACUUCCCACACCCACGGCCAGCCUGCCACCUGGGCUGCUGGCACUGGGCGAGGUGGCCCGGCCCCCGCUAGAGGCCGCCAUCCAGGAUGCCGUGGAGCUGGUGGCCCAGGCGCUGGGCAGUGCUGCCCAAGUGCAGCCAGAACGCACCCUGCUCCCAGCCGCAGUCAGCUGUGAUGACCCUCAGCCAGCAGGACCAGAGUCCCGGGGGCGCUUGUUGGCACGGUUUCUGGCCAACACAUCCUUCCAGGGCCUCACGGGGCCGGUGUGGGUGAUGGCCACCUCCGAGGUGCACAUGUCACGGCAGUUCAGAGUGUGGAGCCUGCGCCAGGACCCACUGGGCACCCCAGCCUGGGCCACCGUGGGCAGCUGGCGAGAUGGGCAUCUGGACCUGGACCCAGGCGUGGUAGCUGCACGACCCCUGCCCCCACCAGGCACCCAGGCCCGGUCCAAGCUGCGCGUGGUGACACUGAUAGAGCACCCAUUCGUGUUUGCCCGGGAGCCCGAUGAAGACGGGCAGUGCCCAGCUGGGCACCUGUGCCUGGACCCAGGCACCAACGACUCUGCAACACUGGACACUUUGUUCGCUGCACUGGCCAAUGGCUCAGUGCCACGCGCCCUGCGCAAGUGCUGCUACGGCUACUGCAUGGACCUGCUAGAGCGGCUGGCUGAGGACGCGCCUUUCGCCUUCGAGCUGUACAUCGUGGGCGACGGCAAGUACGGUGCCCUGCGAGACGGCCGCUGGACCGGCCUGGUGGGCGACUUGCUGGCCGGCACGGCGCACAUGGCGGUCACCAGCUUCAGCAUCAACUCGGCGCGCUCGCGCGUGGUGGAUUUCACAAGCCCCUUCUUCUCCACCAGCCUGGGCAUCAUGGUCCGCACGCACGACACAGCCUCGCCCAUCGGCGCCUUCAUGUGGCCGCUUCACUGGACCAUGUGGCUGGGCGUCUUUGCGGCCCUGCACCUCACCGCACUCUUCCUCACCCUGUACGAGUGGCGCAGCCCCUAUGGCCUCACGCCGCGCGGUCGCAACCGCAGCACGGUUUUCUCCUACUCCUCAGCGCUCAACCUCUGCUACGCCAUCCUCUUCGGCCGCACAGUGUCCAGCAAGACCCCCAAGUGCCCCACUGGGCGCUUCCUCAUGAACCUCUGGGCCAUCUUCUGCCUGCUAGUGCUGUCCAGCUAUACAGCCAAUCUGGCUGCUGUCAUGGUCGGGGACAAGACGUUCGAGGAGCUCUCAGGGAUCCACGACCCCAAGCUGCACCACCCGCCGCAGGGCUUCCGGUUCGGCACGGUGUGGGAGAGCAGCGCCGAGGCCUACAUCAAAGCCAGCUUCCCGGAGAUGCACGCGCACAUGCGGCGCCACAGCGCGCCCACCACGCCAGGUGGCGUCGCCAUGCUCACGAGCGACCCCCCAAAGCUCAACGCCUUCAUCAUGGACAAGUCACUCCUGGACUACGAGGUGUCCAUCGACCCCGACUGCAAGCUGCUGACCGUGGGCAAGCCCUUUGCCAUCGAGGGCUACGGCAUUGGACUGCCCCAGAACUCUCCGCUCACUUCCAACCUGUCUGAGUUCAUCAGCCGCUACAAAUCGUCUGGCUUCAUCGACCUGCUGCAUGACAAGUGGUACAAGAUGGUGCCUUGUGGGAAGCGGGUCUUUGCAGUUACAGAGACUCUCCAGAUGGGCAUCUACCACUUCUCCGGCCUAUUUCUGCUGCUCUGCCUAGGCCUUGGCAGCGCUCUACUCAGUUCACUGGGCGAGCAUUUCUUCUACCGCCUGGUGCUGCCACGCAUCCGUAGGGGGAACCGACUGCAGUACUGGCUGCACACCAGCCAGAAAAUCCACCGCGCUCUCAACACAGACAGACCCCUGGCGCAGGAGAAGCGGGAGGCGGAGUCCAGUGGCCCAGAGGAGCGGCAGCAGGCCACUCAGGCGGCCCCCAAGAGCCCUGGGCGCUGGAAACACGUGCGCCGGGCUGUGGGCACUGAGCGCCGCCGCGUGCGCUUCCUGCUGGAGCCGGCAGUGGCUGCGGCCCAGGACACGGAGCCCAGGCCACCUGAGAGCUCAGUCUGGCUGUGCUCCAAUGGGCAGUCGCCUGCACCGCGGCCCGGAGAGCUGGAGGAGCUGGAGCAGCACAUCGAAGCCGUGCGAGAGCGGCUGCGCCAGGCCCUACUGCGGCGUGGCGAGCUCCGAGCCCAGCUUGGGGAUGGCACCCGCCACAGGCCGCUGCAGCUGCUCCAAGCCUCGACAGUCCUGGAGGAGGCACGGUGAAGCCAGCCCUGCCCACAUGCAGG